AUGAACAAGUCCUUCCUGAAAUUCAAUGAAGCCGCACUCAAGUCAGGGCUCCUUCAGUUCAAUCCGAUAUUGGCUCAACAGCUGAAGUCAGUGACCGAAUCCUUCGUUUCUCUAGCCAAGUCGGCUGCAGAGGGACAAGCCGAGGAAGAAGAAGUGGACGAGUCUAUCGAGACUAAUUUAGUACGCAAUCAUGAAGUCCAGUCCGCACCACCUCAACGCUUGGACGUCGGUUGGGGUUAUUCGACUACUCUUAACCAAUCAUCCACUCAACAUACCUCUCCUUCACCGCCUGAAGAAUCGCAAGCACAGAGCCAAAGGGACUUGCCUUUGUUACCAAAUUUCAAUGCAGAGCAAGCGAAGCAAGGCGGCCUUGUGCAAUAUAGGAGACCGCAGAUCCCGGACCUCUUUACGCAAGGCGCUUCAUGGGCACAAGCCUCCCUUGAUGAACGACCAAGCGAGCAGCCACUGCCAUUCGGACUACUUGAAAUUUUAAGUCAACAAGAGUUCAAGCCACCGAAUCCCCAGAAUCCGAACAUUUUCUCUGUCAGCAUCCCCACACCGCGGGCAACGCCUCCAAUGCCUCGCAUCCCAUCACCCACAUACGGCAGUCUCACAACUAGAACUCCGAAACCUAUGUGGACAUACAGCCACGAUGAGACGACGUUCGCGAGAAGAUUGACCCGGGCUUCACUAGAGACAGGGUUUCACUUGCUGGGCUCAGCUAGUCAACGGCCUGCUGCGCUCGAAUACAUCUUCAGGCUCUCGUUGCCAUACAUGACACUGAAUGAGCUUCGAGAGAGAUUUAAGGAGCUUUUAGCUCGGGGCACCGACGAAGAGCUCGACUUCUGGUCAACGCCAUUCAUUCAUCUGGGAGGCGCUGGUACUCACUACCCACGGAAGGACGCGCAUGGAAACAUCAUCAAAGCCCCCAAUACAUGGAAUGUCCGCCGCAUUGGCCCUCUUGAUAAGAAGAUGAUACGGGCGGAGAAUUGCGAUGACCCAAGCCAGAGCCACGACCUCAAUAUCGACCUGACUGGCUUUGAGGGUGAGUGGUUCGACUCGAACGACGUCGAAGGGUAUUUGCAACAGGAAAAAGGCGUGCGGAUCGACCCUAAGAGCUCUUUCGUAGACGCAUUCGUUGAUGACGAUGAGCAUCAUGGUGACGACUACUUUACUUUCAGCGCAGGGACAAACAAUUCAUCACCUCGCCGCUUAUCAAACGACAGUACACCGACUUUUGGCAGCAGUUCUUCACGCGCGCAGUCUCAAUCUUCCCUCCACACACCUCCGAACGUCCAAAGUGCCACUAGUGCCAAUGUCAACCACUUAUUCGCUCCGUCAGACAUACCCUUCGGAUUGGACAUGAGUAUGCCGUCGGAUUUCGCAAGGCUGCCCUCCGUCGAUGCAUCCGCGUUCUUCGACCAGCCCCUCGGCUUAGACCUGGCGCCAGGUUUCGACGUGGGCCUCAACAACGGAUCUAUGCAGCCUCUGAACUUCCCUGACCAGCCGCGCGGCUCGAACAUGGACAUGUCUUUUCAAGGGCUGGAAACGAUGCCGGUUGUUAGACAGAAGCGGAAGAAGAACGUGCUUAUCGAUGUUACCAAGCUGGUCGACGAGCUUGUCAAACAUGGUGUUUGUUUGGGACGUGCACCGGGUUUCAGGAGGAAGGAUGUUGAUAUGGCAUUCCAGGCAUCAUUGAUCACUACGUACUAG